UAAAUUCUACCAUCUUUUUCAAUUUAUUGCCACUGCAUUUUUCUCAUCAAUAUAUACUGUUAUUAUGUCGCCUAGCUAGCUAUCAUUAAAACAGAGUUUUCAUAUAGGCUAGAGAUAUUCCUAUAUUCGCAGCCGAGAGAAGAGGCCAUGGGGUGUGUUCAGGCCAAGGGGUUGCAGUACUCCCCACCUCAGACUCAGAGUCUUGAAAAGAAGAAAAUUCAGAAUGGUUAUGUCAAAGGAGGUUCUGGAGUGAAAUCCAAUGGUCAGAAAGUGGCGGAGAAGGAUGACAUUAAGGCCGAUGAUCAGAAGAGUGUCGAUGGGGAUAGGAAGAUUGGUAAAGAGGAGGAAGGAAAAAAUGGUAAUGGGGUUGGAAAUGUUUCACAGAGGAUUGUCGUGAAAAAGAUCGGUUCGGAUGAAUUGGUCGAUGGAUGGCCUAAAUGGCUUGUUGAUAAUAUGCCUGGUGAUGUUUUGGCCUCUUUGGUUCCUAAGAGUGCCGAUUCCUAUGAUAAACUUGCUAAGAUUGGCCAGGGAACAUAUAGUAAUGUGUACAAAGCUCUAGACAGGGACACAGGAAAGAUCGUUGCCUUGAAGAAGGUGCGAUUUGACACUGCAGAGCCGGAGAGUAUAAAAUUUAUGGCAAGAGAGAUCAUCGUCUUGCAGAAAUUGGAUCACCCUAAUGUUAUUAAGCUGGAAGGGCUAGCUACGUCGAGGAUGCAAUAUAGUCUUUACUUAGUCUUCGACUUCAUGCUGUCAGACUUAUCCAAGGUUAUCUCUCGUCCAGAGGGAAGACUAACUGAAACACAGGUCAAGUGCUAUAUGCAACAGCUUCUCUCAGGUCUCGAGCACAUCCAUGAGAGAGGAAUCUUACAUAGGGAUAUAAAAGGAUCUAAUUUGUUGAUUGACAAAAAUGGAAUGCUAAAGAUUGCAGAUUUUGGGCUAGCCAACUUUUAUCAACCAAAACAAAAGCGACCUCUUACAAGCCGAGUUGUGACACUCUGGUAUAGAGCUCCAGAGCUCCUUCUAGGUUCUACAGAGUAUGGAGUUGGUAUCGAUCUGUGGAGUGCAGGAUGCCUCUUAGCAGAAAUGUUUAUGGGAAGGCCGAUCAUGCCAGGGCGGACAGAGGUGGAGCAACUGCAUAGGAUUUUUAAGCUUUGUGGUUCACCGCCAGAGGACUAUUGGAAGAAAAUAAAACCACCAACAACUUUCCGACCACCAUCACAAUAUAAACCUAGUUUCUACGAAGCAUUUGGGAGUCUUCCUGACUCUGCAUUAGCUCUGUUGCCUGUACUUCUGUCGCUAGAGCCAGCAUAUCGUGGCAGUGCUGCUUCUGCUCUUCAAAAUGAAUUCUUUACUUCAAAUCCACUAGCAUGCGACCUUGGCGACCUACCUAUCAUGUACAAAGAUGAUGAUGUGCUACCUCGAGCAGCUUAUCGCAAAAGGAGGAGAAAAGUUAAGAAGAGGCAACAGCCUCUUAAUAAUCUUCAGGGUCAUCAAAGGAAGGAUUCAAGCACCGACGAUGGCAAAGAUAUCUCAGAAUCUUCCAGAGAGGAGAAGCACGAUGAGACCAGCUCACGAAGCCAAGAGAUGGUAGUUGGUGCUUAUGCUUCCUCUGGUAGAAACUUAAGCGGGGGCAAUAGAGAAAGGCCGCCUUCUUUACCUUACCCGCGUCCACGUUCUGACCUUAACCGCUCUGCAACCACUGAAGCUCAUCCAAAUGCUCUCAAGAACAUCAAGAAUUUUCCCAUCUUGAUGGCCUCUAUCACAGAAACUGUCAACCACCCUAUUGAAGAUAACAGAAUCAACAGGCUCCAUCGAAGGUCCAUGUCCACUGUUGACAUCCGGACACUUGACAUGGAGAAGAUUUCAAAACUCUUCGGCUUGGAGGAUCGUUAAGCUCAGAAAUCUCUAUCUUUUUCUACUGCACAUCACAUUUCAUUUCUACUUGAACUCAUCUGUUUUUACUUGUACAAUUUUCUGCUUGCUUGUUUUUCCAAGUACUUUAAUCAAAUUACUGACAAGAGAGAUCUUUUAUCUUA